AUGGCUUCAAUCAACGAAGGAAAAAAUUAUUCAGAGGAAGACCACCAAUCAAGAAUAGCUAAAAUAUCAAGGACAGUUAAAAGAAUUGCAUUCAAGAAGCAAGAAACAACAAAAACAUUCCAAAAAGGUGAUGAUGUUGAAGUAGCAAGUCAAGAAUAUGGAUUCAUAGGUUCUUAUUACAAAGCAACUAUUAUUUCUUCUAUUGACAAUAACAAAUACUGGGUCAAGUACACGUCUCUUUUGACUGAUGAUGAAUCCGCACCAUUGAAAGGAGUUGUUACUGCUUCUGAGCUCCGCCCUCUUCCUCCUGAACAAUAUGAGACUAUGUCUGAAAAAGAAUUUUUUUUGUAUGAUAUGGUUGAUGUAUUUGCCAAUGAUGGAUGGUGGUUUGGAAUCAUCAGUGGCAUCAUUGGACAGGAGUACUAUGUCUAUUUCCCAACUACUACAGAUAAUAUUGCAUAUCCUUCUAAUGUGUUGAGAUUUCAUCAAGAAUGGUUGAAUGAAAAAUGGAUACUACUGUAG